GCGGGUUAGUAAGUUGGUGUUUUGUUUAUUUUGAUGGUUAUUUUGUAGUCGAAUGGGCACCUGGGGGGGGCAAAAAAUCAUUUUCAAAUUGCAAAUAAUAAUAAUGAAGCCUGGUUUUUCGAAUGUGCAGAGAGAGGCAAGCAAGGCAUGCGGAAUAAAUAUGCCCUUUGCUUUCCUUCUCACCAUGCACUGCAGAAUGGAAGUGGGGAGGGCUUUUGCUGAGGUUGGGGUGGGCACAAUCUGCAAUGCUACCUUCCCUCCCCCUUCUUAAUUUUUUUUUAUUAUUAUUAUUAAAGCACCUGAUUUGGGAGGGGGAGGGGACUGCUAUUUCUUCAGCAGGUCUCCGAGCUGAUGGAUGGAAGCCCCUCCGGAGACAACAGCUGAGCGCUGGGGAGGAGCAGCAGCAGCAGCGACAGGGGGUGCCCUGCCAGAGAGCUCAGAGCUUGCAAUCGGCUCCGGGUUGCUAGCGGAGUUCGCUCCUGCAGGGCUUGGGUGAUGGUGCUGCUCCUGGUUGCCCUGUGCCCCCCCCCUCCCCCUUGCGAUUUUUGCAAAUACGCACACUCCGAGCCGGUUUCAUUUUCAAAUCGCGCGACAGCACUUUCCUCCACUUAUUCAUUUUUUUUGCAUUGCAUUUCUGCCAAUAGCCAGGCAGAGCUGGGGUGGGUUUCCCCCGUUCUUUUAUUUUGCAAAGAGCAGGUAGUGCAUUGGGCUCGCAAGAAACCCCGCCUCCUCCCGGCCCUUUAAAGGGGCAGAUCCCAGAGCCAUGUCUCCCCCUCUCCAACCAAGAAGAGACUGUGAAAGACGAUGAGUGAAUCUAGUGCAAAAUCCAGCCAGCCCUUGGCUUCCAAACAGGAGGAGGACGUGUCUGAGAAGAGAGGACGGGGACGACCCAGGAAGAAGCCUCAGCAGGAACCCAGCGAGGCACCAACCCCCAAGAGACCACGUGGCAGACCAAAGGGGAGCAAAAACAAGGCCACUUCUAAAGGCAGGAAAGCUGCAGUAACACCUGGGAGGAAACCUCGAGGCCGACCCAAAAAAUCACAGAAGGAUGAAGAGGAGGUGAAUGUGUCGCAGGAGUCAUCCGAAGAGGAGCAGUGAAAAUGCUUGAACCCCGCACUACCUCAUCAUUCAACUUAACCAAUUUCUCGUCAAGUUCUUGGACUGAGGAAGGAACGAAACAAAACAAAACAAAAAUCCUUGGUGGGUUUUUUUUUCUCCUCCACCCCCCUGCACAACUUUCUCACACUCAAACAGCAGCAGCGCUGGAAUAGCAAUCCAACCGACGGAGCGGCCGUCGCAUUCGCUGACGGACGCUGUUAACUCGAAGAGGGAGAAUGGGCUCUGUUGUUUCUCUUUCUUAGUGGACAGGGUUAAAAUUUAGCCUACUGGUU